AAUCACCAAUUAUUUGCCACCAAUUAUUGGCCAUGACUAGUUUUGCCCAUAACCUCAAUCACUCAAUGUGUUUCUGACAAAGAAAUCGAAAACAAUGGUACUCGGGUUGUAGAUGGUGUAACUGGAACUGUAUACAAAUCUCUUCCACAAUUCCUUUUUUAGAAAGAUCAUAUAUAUAGCCGCCUUAUCCAAACAAUAUGUUAAAUUAUCCACACCAACAACACAUAUAUUAAGAGAAGAGAUACAUACGUGUCAUAUUAGAGAUGCCACAUGUGAGCUUUUAAAGAACUCCUUGGGGUGAUUCUCAGAGAGAUGACAUGUUCAAUGCAAAACCAAUUUACGUGUUUGUUUUUCAACAAAGAGAUUUCGUUAUAUAUAUAGAUAGAAAAAAAUUCAUAUAGAUAUGUAUACAGGGCAUACAUAAUCUUGUAUCAAUAGAUUGAUAUAUAUUAAGAGAUUAUAUUUUAUUAUUAUUGAUAUAGAUAUGGAUGAUGGUGAGUAUGAAGUGGUGAUAAUUGGUGCGGGUAUUUGUGGAUUGGCGACUGCAGUUGCUCUUCAUAGGAAAGGCAUCAAAAGUGUUGUAAUGGAGAAAUCAGAAAGCCUUAGGAACGACACCGGGACGGCAAUUGGAAUAUGGCAAAAUGGGUGGCGAGCUUUGGAUCAGCUUGGCGUCGCCGACAGUCUUCGCUCCACUGUCAUCCCUAUUCACAGGGAACGAAUUGUAUCAUUGGAUGACGGGAAAGAGCAACUAAUCUCCAUCAAUGGUGAAUUUCGAGCCUUAAGAAGGAAGGAUAUUAUAGACACCCUUUUUGAUGCUCUUCCUCCAGCAACUGUAAAGUUUGGCUGCCAACUUGAAUCUAUAAAUACUGACACCGACACUGCUAAAUCGGUUCUUAGGUUUCUUGAUGGAAGCUCUAUUAUAGCCAAGGUUGUAAUUGGUUGUGAUGGUGGCAAUUCAGUUGUUGCUAAUUAUCUUAACCUCAAGCCUACUAAGAUAUUCUCUUUAUGUGGAGUUAGAGGUUUCACAAACUAUCCAAAUGGUCAUUCAUUUGACCAUGAGUUUGGUCUUUUCAGAAAAGAUAACAUUCUUGUAGGGAGGAUUCCAAUGGAUGAUAAUAUGGUCUAUUGGUUUUGUGCGCAUCCUUAUCUUCCUGAAGAUGAAAGAACUUGGGAAAGUCCCGAGUUGAUUAGAAGAUCAACCUUGGAAGUGCUAAGCGCCCAUCCGCAAGAAAUUGAAGAGAUGAUAAAAAAUGCAGACAUAAACUCAUUCUCUUUGGCACGCUUAAGGUAUCGCACUCCAUGGGACUUGUUAACAGGGACAUUUUAUAAAGGAGCAGUUGUGGUUGCUGGUGAUGCUUUACAUGUCAUGGGUCCAUUUUUGGGCCAGGGUGGUUCAGCAGGGUUAGAAGAUUCAGUUGUGUUGGCUAGACACAUAACUCAAAAGGGCUUGAAGCAAGUAGGAAAUGAGAGGAAGAUAAUGGUUGAGGGGCUUGGGGAAGCGUUUAAUAUGUAUGCAAAACAACGGCGGAUGAGAGUUUUACGAUUGUCAUUAGAAACUUAUCUUACCGGGAUGCUACUUGGAGCUACUUCGCGCCUAAAGAAGGUUAUGUAUUUUAUGGUGUUGUCUUUUCUGUUUCCGAUCAAAAAUGGUCAUGUGGAUUAUGAUUGUGGUAGUCUUUGACAAAUCUAGUCUAAGAGCUUCUUAAUUACUUGUUUUAAAAGUUCGACUGUAAGGUGUGAUAAAAUAAAAUGUUCAUCGAAUGGACUUUUUACCCAAAA